UUCCUUAACACAGCUUCGUUUCUCCAUGCCCCGUGGUUCUUCUUCUUCCUCUUCCUCUUCCUCUUCCAUGGAGGUAGGUGCCGCUUCGAAUCUUCUCUCUCUCUCGUGGAGGAUGCAGUUCAAGCUAUUCAUGAGCAAGUGGAUGAACAAUCACUUUCUCCGGAAUUGUCUGAUGUUUAUGAUGUUUUCGGUGAUCCAGAAAUAUUUCCUCGGGUGGGUGAGAAGUACCAGGUUGAAAUUCCACCUUUAACUUCAAAAUCUGACCAUUCUUGGUUUCAAAGGAAGAUACCUAAGAAAGAAGGCGGUAGUCUCAAUAAGUAUCUAGUAGGAUUGCCCAUCCCCAUAAUUUGGAUCAAGGAUGAAGUGGAGAGCAAUAAGCCUGAUCUGCUGAAAAAUGAGUGCAAGUUCAUUGGAGUUGCCAAUAAAAUUGAAUCUUCCGGAGGUGAAUGUAUCAAAGAGAUCCAAAUUGUUAAGAAGUUGAAUCCUAAUCUGGAAGCCAUUGACAGUACAUUGGUCAAUGGAGUGCAUUUGGGAGGAUUGGAAAAUUCAAAUGCACAGCAAGAAACAAAGAUUGGGAUGCAUGACAAGCUGAGAGGCGGAGGUGAUUGUCUGGUUCCCGGGUCUGCAAGUGACGCCUGGAAUGAAAUUGAAGAGGCGAGUUUCACCCUUGGCUUGUAUAUAUUUGGGAAGAACCUUGAUCAAGUGAAAAGAUUUAUUGGCAAUAAGAAGAUGGGGGAUGUACUGUUAUUCUAUUAUGGGAAAUUUUACAAGUCUGAAAAAUAUCAAAGAUGGUCUAGAUGUAGGAAAAUGAGAAGUAGAAAAUGCAUUUUUGGGCAAAAGAUUUUCACAGGACCAAGGCAACAAGAGCUUUUGUCACGUUUACUACCGAAUGUAUCAGAGGAAUGCCGAAGUAGAUUACUUGAGGUGUCCAAGACAUUUGUAGAGGGGAAAAUACUUCUAGAAGAUUAUGUUUCGAUUUUGAAGGCUUCAGUGGGGCUCAAAGCACUUGUUGAGGGAGUAGGAGUUGGUAAAGGGAAAGAAGAUCUUACCGGUCUCACUGCAGAUUCUGUGAAACCCACUCAAACACUUCCUGUUCACCCAGAAAUACCAGCGGGCAAAGCAUGUUCAAUGCUGACACAUUCAGAAAUAAUAAGCUUUCUAACUGGUAAUUUCAGAUUAAGCAAAGCUCGGACGAGUGAUCUCUUCUGGGAAGCUGUUUGGCCUCGUUUACUUGCCAGAGGUUGGCACUCUGAGCAGCCAGGUGGUUCUAAUUAUGCUUAUGCUUCUAAGAAUCCUCUGGUCUUCCUUGUCCCUGGUGUCAAAAAGUUUUCAAGGAAGCUAGUGAAGGGGAAUCACUAUUAUGAUUCUGUAAGUGAUGUCCUCGGUAAAGUCGCAUCUGAUCCUGAGCUAAUUGAGCUGGAGACAAUUGCAGAUAAUGAUUGCACAGGCAAGGAAGGAAAUGGGUGCACAAAAGAUACAAAGCCGGACCAUGAAAAUUCCCCUGAUAGGCCGCGCCAUUGCUAUCUCAAGGUAAAAACUCCAAAUCGCAUUGCAGAUGGAAUGAAAUUCACUGUUGUAGACACAAGUCUGGCCAGUGAAAAGAUGACAAAGGUGAGAGAACUGAGAAGCUUACCAUUUGGAGUUUUAAAAGCUUCUAUUUUUGAAAGUGAUUCAGAUGAUGAGAACACAUCAGAGGAGGAAACAAAUGAACCUGAGUCUGUCAAUACCGCAUGCUUUGAUAGGGGCAAGAAUGAUUCCCCUAAAGCCAGUAAAUGCAACAUUGGUAAGGGUGUCUCUUCAAACUUAAAUGAUUUAGAAAAAAAACCUUCAAAAGAGGAGUUUCCAUGGAGCAAUGGAGGUUCUAAUAGCCUAUCUACUAACUCCAUUGAUCAGAAGACAGAUUUGUUGAGUAUCAAAGUGAGAAGAGAUAGGAUGAAGUGCCAACCACUCCAGAAAAUGGCAUCUGAUAACAAAAAUGAUCCAUUCCCUGUUACGAAAAGGCGGAGGAGAGUAGCUUCCUGCAGCCGUGCCAAGAAAAUUAGCAACACGGCUAAUUUCAUCGCGGUUCCUAGAGUAAAACAAGAAGAGAUUUGCACCAGAGUAAAGCAAGAGAUCAGUUUAUGUCCAAAUCUGGACAAUUCAAAAUAUAGUGAGAAUGCAACUGCUAACUUCUUUGUGGCUCCCAGAGUAAAACAAGAGAAGGCCUGUUACAUCCCUUACAGUUCAAAAUCUAGUGAGAGUGCUCUAUCGCGGGAAGUUCCAUCUCAGGAGAACAAGACAUUAGCAGAUCCUCUGCCAAAUCCAAGCUUAAUCACCAACAGAGAAGUUGUUCCUGAUACUAGUUCUUUCGCCACAAAGGAUCAGCAUGAGAAGCCGCAGCUGCGGACUAUGAUUGACCUUAACUUACCUGUUUCACCAGAAGUUGAUGCUGACGAACCUUUAGUGAACGAAGUAACACAAGGUAACACAAGCAAGGAAUCAGAUGAGCUCAGAGGAGGAAUAACCUCCACACCUGUGGAUAGCUCUGAGCAUCAGACUGAUACGCAUGCUCGGAGGCAGGGUACAAGAAACCGCCCACCGACAACAAAAGUGCUGGAAGCUUUUGCAUUUGGAUAUCUAGACAAAAAGGAGAAGCGCAAGCGUAAAGAUAUCCAGGACAGUUCGGUUUCAAGACCUUCCCGGCGCAAAUGUCGUAAGGAGGUGGUAGGUUCUUCUAGUGAUUGUGCAGGUUUUGAAAAAGAGGAAACAAGAAAUGUUUGUAAUGGCAAUGGUAAUGGUAGCACCGGCAGCAACAGUGAUGUGAUACAAACAGACUUCAAGUGUAAUGAAGGAUGAAAGGAACCAAGUUUUCAAGUUCAGUUCUGGACUCAGGAUGGGAAUGAUCUAUGCUGUUGAUGAUUGAUUAACUGGUCUUUCACUCAUUGAACUAGUACAGCGCAUAAGAGAUAUUUGAUAGUUGAUACAAAAUUUGAAGGAAGGUUUAUACUCUAGAGUCUAGUCUUUCCAAGAGAAUGCAUGGUUGUAAAUCUGAACACAGAAAUCCCUUUAGUCUUCUCAGCUUUGCACUCAAUAGAAUGUGAGGAAACUUCCUAGUCUUCUGGAAUUGAAGUUUAAGGCUAUCUCAUGUCCUAGUAGCAGUGUCAAUCUCAAACAAGGUUUUAGACACAGCUAGCCAAUGCACAUUAUUACUCUAGUUUGCUUCUUUUUUUAAUCAUUAUCAGAUGUUUGACCUCAUCAAUUCUGCUAGAUGAUGAGAGUUAAGGAAAAAUUAACAUUACAGUAGGCUUUUCCCCUGUCUGGGUGUGUCCUCCUGGUUGAUGACUCCAGAUAUUCGUUAUACAUGCAUAUAUCAAGUGAUUUUCAUUCAUAA